CACCUUAAUCUGGAAAUGAAAGCACUCUCAACCCCAAAUUAUGUUUGUGAUAAGGAUUACUUGCUUUAUGGAAUAUUUCAGGAAGAAGAAUUUAAAUGGUUGUUGCGUGAAGAAGUUCAUGCUGUCCUGAAACAGCUGAAAGACAUUCUUAAGGAGGCUUCCCGUCGCUGUACUCUGUCAGCUUCCGGAUCUGAAAGUCAAACCCGGCAGGAGAACUUCAAACUGGGAAGCUCAGCCACAGAUCAGGUGAAGGGUGUCCUAACGUUACAAGGAGAUGCAUUGACUCAAGCGGAUAUUAACCUGAGACUGCCUAAACACAACCAGGUUCUGCAUUUUACGUUUAGAGAGGACAAACAAUGGAAAAUGCAGCAGAUUCAGGAUGCCAGGAAUCAUGUAGGCCAAGCUUUGUAUCUACUAAACAGCAGAGAUCAAACAUACCAGUUCAAGAGUGGGGCAGAGGUCAACAAGCUCAUGGAUGCAGUAAUGUUGCAGCUAACCCGUGCUCGCAAUAGACUCACCACUCCUGCAGCUAUGACACUCCCAGAAGUAGCCUCAAGCAGUUUAAUGAAAAUGUUCACACCGUCUCUUCCUGGUGAUGUCUUUGCCAACUUCUACAUUAAUCUGAGCAAACUUUGUUUAAUUGUCUACCAGCUCCAUCUUCUGCAGCCCAAUUUAAACAAGAAUUUCAAACCUGCUGGCAGCUCUGUGCUUCACAACCCAGGAUCCAUGUUUGAGAUUAAUAACCAGAAAUUUGAAGUUAGCCAUGUACACAAAGUGGAAUGUGUGGUCCCCUGGCUAAAUGAUACACUGGUUUUCUUUACCAUUGCUCUACAGCUUUGUCAGCAACUGAAGGAUAAGAUCUCUGUUUUUUCCAAUUACUGGAACUUCAAGCCCUACUGAUCUAGAUCAACAGGCUAACUGAAGAUCAGUUUGCACUUUGUACUUACUGCUGCAGCUGCCCGUCUGCCCACUGUAAACACUGUGUCUGUGAAAUGUUUAGGUCAAUAAGUUACAUGGUGCACUUUUUUCACCUGCCUUUGCCACAUUAUUUUUAAUGAAGUGGAUCCCUACCUGGAUAAUGAUUGGAUAUACCACCAGAUGGGGAAAUUUAAACCACCAUGAUGUUCUCCUCAAAGCAUUGGGUUUUAUGGUAUGGGCUGAUUUUCAUUUGCUGAAGGAAUAUCAUCUGUUCAGUUAAGUAGAAUAAUUUGUGUAGAACUUUAUAGAUUUUUAUCACCUCAAUUUCUGACUUGUGUGGAAGGAAGAAGGGAAAAUCAUCUUUUCAUAGACCUCAAUGUUCAACCACAAACUAAUACUUUUCAAUUACUUACUAGGGAGCUGUAAGAACAAAAACUAUAUGUUAUACCUCUUUAGGGUCGAUCAAGUAUUUUUGGGCUGCAGUAUCUUUGAGACUGCUAAUGUCUUCGUAACGAAGUGGAAAGUUAGAAAAAUAAUUUAGUUUUAAACACAUUAUGCUGACCCUACAUAUUCAUCAUCAUUCGUAGUUUUGUGUUUGUGCUGGUCACAAAUUAACCAGAUCCUGAAGUCGGUGUUUAUUUUAAUGGCAAGUGUUCAACCUGAAUUUAGAUUAUUCUUGUGUUAGAAGUUCUGUAAUCUGGGGAGUGUGGAUUUAUUCUGUUCAGGGACUUAGCAACUUAGAAGGAACAAAAAUAAGAAGCACUGAAAACCAUGUUCAUUACCCAGAUGAUAAAUGUUGCUCGGUGAAAUGAUGUGGAGAAAAAAUGUGCAUCGCAAAAAUAAUUGGGGGUUUUUCAAACAGUCUCAAAUAAUUCAAUAAGCCUUAUGAUCAGUUUUAUUGUGUAUGUGUUUAGAUGGAGGUUUGUAGAUGAACAUUUUAACCACUGACAUAUUGUAUUUUAAACUGAUUUGUUUAUUUAUGGACACUAACAAAGAACAGUGGAACUGUAUAUUUAACAUGUAUUUCUGUAAAGAGGAACAUUUACUGGCAAUAUAAUUAGUUCUGUUAAUUCAGCAGGCAUGGUUUCAUGCAUGUAGGAAGCUUUCAAGUGGAGUACGCACAAGGUGAUCUCAAACUAUGUGAUAAAGCUGCCAAGUGUGGGUGAAUUUACGCAUUUCGACUGGAUAAUUUUUAGAUAAACUGUAUGUAAUUCUAACGUUUCUGUUGCAUCAAAUUGAAAUAUUUCUCUUUAUGCCAAAAUGAGACAACUUGUUUUUCUGUUGCUUGCGUAGAGGAGUCUAGAAAUUGGCAUUGCUUCAACAUUGCCAUUCAUGUCGCUGCUAUUUUUAGGUUCAUUCUAUGGUAUUUUAACAGAUGUUAGCAUGUAGAAGAACACUGAUUUUCCUGUAGAACUUGCUGUAAUUAUGCAGCCACUGCGCCCCACUAUCACCACCAUUUGAUUAAUAACGGACAUGAGAAAUGACAUGUUUCGGUUGAGGAAUGAAUAACACUGAUCAGUUUUGUUCCAGAGUUUAAUCAUUCCUGUAAAGGUUGAAUUGUUUUCCAGUGUAAUAAAUAUGUAUAGAAAUCUGCUUGAAAAAAAAUUAUGAACCAUUUUUCAAAUGGUAGCGCGAUCAGUUCCAGUUUCAGCACUGGUUUGAUUGACCAUUGUUCAAAUUGUCAACAAUGUUCCAGCCAAAGCCCUUCAAACCAUCUUAUUUUCUGUUUUCAUGGUUGUUGUAACCUGUUCCAUGAUGUUCAGGUCUACAUUGCUUGGGAAGUUGCUGAAUGUCUGUCCAAGUUUUGAGCAUUCUUAUGCUCAACAUUUGAGACUAAGAAGCAACAUUUGAGAGCUUUGAAAUAAAGAAACUGGAAAUACUCAGCAGUCCAGGCAGCAUCUGUGGAAAGAACAACGUGGAGUUGACAUUUCAGGUCAGAGAAUCUGACACAUCUUGAUUCCUCUCUUUACAGAGGAUGCCUAAUCUGCUGAGUGCUUCCUGCCGUGUUUCUUUAAUUUCAGAUUUCCAGUAACUGCGGUUUGUUUUCAUUUCAGAGCAUUGUACUACUUGCAUUGCUGCUACAAUUCAGCAAUCGUGCGAGCACAGGACGGUACAAAGCACUUUCACUGGCUGAUUCCUGAAUUUGCACUGAAAUGUUCUAAUAUUUUAAACUAUCACUUUAAAGAUUCAAAAUUUCAAUGCUACUUUGUUCAUUGCAAAUAUCUGCCCUUUUUGCUGCUCGUUGCAUUGAUCUCUGGAAGUUCUGCGUGCAGACUGCUGUUUUUCACGUGCUCAGAUAAUCUCUCUCACAUCCUUGCAAGGCUGCUGAUGUCUAAAAACUAAAAUACAGUUUAAGUACAUCAGGUACAAAAGUUCCCGUAUAAGGCAUUAUCCUGAAGCCUUGUGAAGCUGUUCACUGUCAUACACAUUGAAGUUGCUAGCAGAGAGUGGGGCUUGGAUCUCAUUCAAAAUGAAUUAAACCUGAAUAAGCUUGUAAAAAAGAAGUGUGGUGUCUUCCAGUAUCAUGUAAUAUGAAUAUAUUCACUUAAAUCUAGUUAUUUUGUUAAUGUCCUUGUGAUCAACCAUUAAAGAAAACAUUGGAUAUGUUAUAUAUGCAGUGUAACUGGGAUCAGUUUAUGGAUUGUAGAAUUAUUCAGAAUAUAGUGUGGACCAAUCAAAACGUCAAGAUUGUAUCUGCAAUAAAGUACUGAUUUCAAAGGA